CACACCAUAUGAGUUCUCUAGAAGAGCCAUGAGAAAGAAAAAAAACACACGUUUGAGUUAGUUACAACUAUUUUGUAUAUAUUAAAAAAACGUUUCCACUGCCCAUAUGCUUUCUUCAAGCUAAACGAUUUCGACCUGUAAUGAAGAUAUCGGCCAUGAGAAUGAAUUUUCUUGUUCUGAGUUUGUCUCUGUGUCUUGUUCUUUCAAGCUUCCAUGACGUUUCUUGUCAGGAUGAUGGUGCUGCUAGUAGAUUGAAUCACUUGGACCUAAUAGAACGUGAAUACCAAGAUAGUGUCAAUGCUCUUCAAGGAAAGGAAGAUAAAGAUCAGUCGUCAGAUAUAGUGACUGAGAACCAGAAGAACACUACAGUGACUGAUCAGAAGACUAUUUCUCUGUCUCUGUCUGAUGAAUCUGAGGGUACUGCUCUCAGUGAUUCAGUUGAUAACUCACCCCAGGUUGGAGCUGUAAGUGAUGAAAGUGUUGAACGUUCGAGUCUGCUGGAUGAAAUAGAACUUGAAUUUGAAGCCCAUCUCAAUGGUCUUAACCAAGCUGCAUCUGAUGGUCUCAAGGAUGAAUCCAAGGACAGUGAAGAAUUAUCUGCUGAAAGACAGAAGAUGUUGGAAGAAAUUGAACAAGAUUUUGAAGCUGCUUCAACUAGUUUGAAACAACUAAAGACUGAUGAAGGAAAUGAUGAAGAACAAUCUGCACAGAGACAAAGUUUGCUGGAAGAGAUUGAACGCGAAUUUGAAACUGCUACAAAACAUCUUGAACAACUAAAGGUUAAUGACUUUACUGGGGACAAAGAUAAUGAAGAACAAUCUGCAAAGAGAAAAAGUAUGCUUGAAGAGAUCGAACGCGAGUUUGAAGCCGCUAUUGAAGGCCUUGAAGAACUGAAGGUUUCUGAUUCUACCGGAAGCAAGGAUGAUGAAGAACAAUCUGCAAAACGACUAAGUAUGCUUGAAGAGAUAGAAAAAGAGUUUGAAGCUGCUACAAAAGGUCUUGAACAACUCAUGGUUAAUGAUUCAACCGGGGUCAAAGUUGAAGAAGAACAAGAUGCAAAGAGACAGAGUAUAUUAGAAGAGAUCGAACGUGAUUUCCAAGCUGCUACAGAUAGCCUUAAGCAACUUCAAGUUGAAAGCUCCAGCCAAGACACAGAACAAACUGCAAAGAGACAAAGUAUGCUUGAUGAAAUUGAACGUGACUUUGAAGAUGCAAAGAGAAAGAGUAUGGUUGAAGAGAUGGAACGUGAGUUUGAAGAUGCUAUUCAAGGUCUUCAACAGAUAAAAUCUGAUGAUUCCAGAAACAAUGAAGAACAAUCUGCUAAGAGAAAGAUAAUGUUGGAGGAGAUCGAACGCGAAUUUGAAGAAGCUAAGAGUGGAAUGAAACAGAGCAGUUCCAUUACACCAGAGUUUCUUGGACUAGGACAGUCAGGUGUCUGUGGCUGUUUUAAUCAAGACAAUGCUGGUUUAAAGCAAGACGAAGUUGCUUCAAUCUCUAUAUCAACAAAAUAUAGCAUAGAAGAUAUCUUAUCAGAAGAAUCCGAACUCCAGGGAACAGAGACUUCUUCUAGUCUCACUAAGUCUUUGACUCAACUAGUUGAGAACCACAGGAAGGAGAAGGAAUCUCAUAGAAGUGUUGUCACUUCAUCAUCCACAAGUGAAUCAGCAGCCACGUCAGAGACUGUAGAGAGCCUUAGGGCUAAACUGAAAGAGUUUCGUGGCUUAACCGCUCGUCAGCUCGUGACACGUCAAGACUUUGAUAAGAUUCUCGUCAUGGCUGCAGCUUUCGAAGAGCUAAGCUCAGCUCCCAUCAGUUACAUUUCUAGGUUAGCUAAGUACAGAAACGUCAUAACACAAGGACUCGAGGCUUCCGAGAGAGUCCACAUCGCAAAGGCACGGGCUACGAUGCUCAAAGAGACGGCCACCGAGAAGCAGACCUUCGUGGACGCUAACUUCGAGGAGGCUAAAAGGCUUGCGCAGAGAGGAGACGCGUUGUACGUUAGAAUCUUUGCGAUCAAGAAACUGUUGAAGAAGCUUGAGACAGAGAGAGAAGCUGUCGAUGUGGAGUUUAAGAAGGUUGUGAAAGGUCUUUCUCAUUUUCUUGUUGAUGCUUCAGAGGCUUAUGAGGAGUAUCAUGGAGCUGUGAGGAAGGCGAAAGAGGAGCAAGCGGCUGAGGAGUUUGCGAGAGAGGCGAUGGAGAGUGCACAGAUCAUAUGGGUUAAGUUUCUUAGUUCUCUUUAGAGAACAGUUGAGAUUCUUGGUUGUGUUUAGAGACAAUGUGGAGGUCUUGUUUGUUCUUGUUCUGUAUUUUGUGUUGAUGUUUUGUUUCAGACUUUGUGUGUUGGUUAUGUCAGGAGAGAGAUUGGAGAUAGACACUAAAAUAAAUAAUGUUUCUUUUCAGAUUUUCAAAUAAAAUAAGAUUUCAAUAAA